AUGCUGACUAAUAUCCCCAAGCGAGCGGUGUCCCCAAUCAAGCCAGAUUCUGCUCUAUUACCUGACGCUUCUUCAGCAGCAACGUCCGGGAAGGCGCCGCAGGAUAUUCAACUAGAAGCAAAAGAACCGACAAGGCUGGAAUCGGGACCGGCGUCUCUCCGCGCCACACGCGACGCAUCUGCACGACUUCACUACAACCCAUCAAAACCUCGUGUUUCCCGCGUUGCCACAAAGACUAGCACAACAGAUGCUGCUCUGCGUGGUGGCCAUCUAGUGCGUGGCCACUCGAGGAGUCAGUCAUCAAGUAAUGCAAUUACUGGACGCCCUACUUCAAGCGCGCCUAAACUGGCAACUGCUACGGCAUCUUCGCGCUCGCACCAUGCCCCCUCGACCACCAGUUCAGGGGAACCCCGAUGGACAAUCGCAAGGUCGCACAACAGAGCCUUGACUGCGUCGACGCGGCCGAAACCAAACGCAGAUCCUGGGGCAAAUCGCGAAGUUGUUUCGAAGGUCAACAGACCGGUUGCCUCUCACGUGCUUUCUGAGGCGAAUGCGUCGUCUUCCUCCGCCGGACCAACUGUGAAACUGGGCCGAAAACCAGAGGCCAACACCCAUUGUAAUCUCAAGGUGCAGACGACAACAUCAACGGCGACCACCCCGCUGUUUCCCUUGAUUUCUCAACCCGCCGCCGUGCGUUCCGGCUCCGUAGGCCGCGUCAUAUCUGGCACAGAAGUUGCGCAUCUUGAAGAUGAAUUACUCCAAUUGUCUCUUGUACACGAAAAGUCUGCGGCGACUUUCCAGAAUUACCGGGCGUCUGUCAGGUCGCAGCUAGAGACAGGGCUGCAGGAUGUGGAACAGCAGCUAAGCACCCUCACGUCCCUGCGGCAUGAUCGACAAGCGAACAUCAACGCCUUCGCCGUGAGCCAGUGGCUCGACCAGGAACGGGUCUAUCAAGAUGGAGACCCUGCAGCGUCAGACACAUUACUCUUGCUCGCGCAUUGCCUGGAAGAUUUGCAGAAGAUCAGCAGCGUACAUGGGCCUCUGGAGGCUGCCAUGAAGAUAUUUGACGAGUGGUAUGUCUACGCGUCUUCCAUGCGACCGACUGACGCCGGAGAUAAUCUAUUUCGUAAGGGUGAUGGUGAGGAGAACGAAUAUUGUCUCCACUCAAUAGACCCACACUGGUCAGCCUUGGUGUCAUCUGUGGACGGCCGAGUCAGAGCCUGUGCGGCUUUAUUGGAGGGUCUGCGUAGGCCGCCGUCGUCGUCACUUGGACUGUUGAUUGAGAUACACUGCAAACUUGCUGAGCAGAUUCUGCAAGAGAUUCGCAUUUGCAGGACCAUAGAAGGCCUGAUACUUCGGGAACAACAAGAGCGGCUUGCAAGGGAAGUAAAACAUGCUCUGUACGAUGUGGAGUUACGUGAUUCCGUCGAAGGAGUCCGUGACACUACCAGGAUAGGUAUAUGGGACCUUCGAGGAAAGGCUUCCUAG